AUGACGGCGGCGCCACCACCCCACGGUGGUGGUUCGGUUCGAUCCUUUAGUGGGUUUCGAAGCCCAAAGGACAAGGAAUGCAAUGGUGGUGAUGGUGCUUUGGUGGGGCUAGAUCGGUGCAGGUGGUGGUCGAAUGUGUCUGUUGCAAAGGUCGGGGACAGACGGGGACUGAAGGGUGACGAAUGGAGUAUUCUUGGAUCUGUGGGGUUAUUUCCAUCGAAGAAGACAAAAAUUCAGAUACUUAAAGAUGUCAGUAGAAGAGUCAAACCUUCCAGGAUGACUCUACUUCUAGGCCCUCCUGGAGCACGGAAAAUGACCUUGUUGCUAGCGCUAGCAGGAAAGCUUGAUCAAGAUUUGAGGGUCUGGCUUGAUUUUUAAUUUAUAAUCAAUUUUAGUUAUUAAUUGCUUACUUUUACACAUAUUACUUUUUCUGUUUAUUAAUUCUAAACAGAAAAUCUAGUGUUGAAAGGAUUUCAAUAUUGACAAUGAGGCUGGUGGAGUUGGUAAAGAAAUUAUAAAAAGUUUUACUGCCACUGUUAGU